CAUCGAGUUUUCACGUCGUCAUAACCACGAUCGGAGUCAAGGUGCCAACGCAUGGUGACAUUGUAAGAUCUGUGCUAAAAACUAUCGACCUGUCAAUUGUACAACAAGUACAUAUAUAGAAAGAAAGCCUGACAUGAAAUAAAAUUUCCAACAAAUCAUUUCGUGUAUUUUCCCCAUCUUCGCCAACAUUCAAAGAUCCAAACAUGUCAUCCAACUCCGAGAUUCCCACAGGCAAUUUCCAAGACAACGACUACAAAUCGCGUCCCGGCCAGAGCGAGAUUCCUGUCACCAGUGAUGAUGCUCCCAUCGAAGACCCUAUCGAUGCGGCAACUGCUGAUUCUGAUGAACAGCUGGAACGCGAUGACCGCGAUGCUAUAAAUAAGGAGAACAUUAUUGGUGACCGUACGCGGGGCGCCACCAAGAAGUCGGGUACUUAUACCGAGCCUGGUGAUGAAGAGGGACUUCCAGGACCGGAAGAUGGUACUUCUAGUGGUAGUCAAUGAUUUUUAGUCCGUCGAUUUAUAUGUGCUUGUUGUGGUAUAAA